AUGCCCAACAAGCCCCGAGAGCUCAAGAGGCCCAGAAAGCACAAGCCCACAAGACACAAGAUUCGCAAGAUUCGCGAGAUUCGCGUGCCUCUUAGUAGGCCUAAGAGGAUGUGGAAGCACGUUCGAGAUAUUGAGAGCCUCAACUAUUCACACUAUGGACUACUAUGCGAAAUGGAUGCGGUGAAGCAUUAUAUCCUGAAAAAGUAUUGCCCUCACAUACCUCUUUCCGAAGUUCAUUCAGGGUAUCACCGCGGCCGGCGACCUUUGAUAGGCAGCAUCUAUUAUCCAGACAUAAUCUCGGUUCACCACCUGCAUCUCCAUGUCAUUGUUCGACCGCAGUGGCGGCGUAAAUGGUUGAGAUAUGCGCUGCCCCUCAUGUGGAAGUCAGACGAAAAGGUGCUUCUUAAGGUCAAAGAGCAGGCCAGCAAAAGAAAAAAAUUACUGAGUGCUUUGGAUCAUGCUCGAUGCGAGCGCCUAGAAGAGGAGAUAGAGCGUCUAAAGACUUGA